AUGGAUGGUAAAAGGCUUCCCAGCUCCUUCCAGCAGCUGGAGAAGCUGGGUGAAGGCACCUAUGCUACUGUUCGUAUGCCCGCUACACCCCCGCCAUUCACCCUCGCGAGCAGAAAUAGGCAAACUGGAGAACUCGUCGCCCUGAAGGAAAUACAUCUCGACUCUGAGGAGGGGACGCCGUCCACCGCAAUCCGAGAGAUAUCUCUAAUGAAGGAGCUUAAACAUGAGAACAUCGUUGCCCUCCACGACGUCAUCCACACCGAGAACAAGCUCAUGCUUGUCUUCGAAUACAUGGACGGGGAUCUCAAAAGAUACAUGGACACACAUGGCGAGCGAUGCGCUCUCAAACCGGCCACUAUCAAGAGUUUCAUGUACCAGCUCCUAAAAGGCAUCGAUUUUUGCCACCAGAAUCGAGUUUUACACCGUGACUUGAAGCCUCAAAACCUCCUCAUCAACAGCAAAGGGCUGUUGAAGCUCGGGGAUUUUGGCCUGGCACGUGCGUUCGGCAUUCCCGUCAAUACCUUUUCCAACGAAGUCGUCACCCUGUGGUAUCGCGCUCCCGACGUCUUGCUUGGCAGCAGGACGUACAAUACCAGCAUCGACAUCUGGUCUGCAGGUUGUAUCAUGGCUGAGAUGUAUACUGGUCGGCCUCUUUUCCCAGGAACCACCAACGAGGACCAGAUUAUCAGGAUAUUCCGCAUUAUGGGCACCCCCACGGAGCGCACCUGGCCUGGCAUCACACAGUUCCCGGAAUAUAAGCCUACAUUUCAAAUGUAUGCCACCCAGGAUCUUCGCAACAUUCUCCACGCCAUAGACCCGUCAGGCAUCGACCUGUUGCAGCGUAUGCUGCAGCUGCGUCCCGAGUUACGAAUCAGUGCCCAUGACGCUCUUCAGCAUCCUUGGUUCAGCGAUUUGGUCAUGCACCAACAACACCAACACCAGCAGCAGGCACUGCACGCCCAGGCAAGGGCCUACCAACAAGGAGUGCCAGCGCAGAAUUAUGAUGCUUACUAG